AAGAUAAGAUAAGGUAGGCCUAAGUAAAUCAGUGUUGAGCCUGAACUCUACACGUCUGCUAUUCAUCCACAUAUGUGUGUGUGGAUCUCAGCGGCCCCGCUAGUGGCGCUGACCCUACAGUAGACCUGGUCCAGGUCCUGGUCCCGCUCCUGGUCCAGGGGUUCCGCGCCCGCUCCCGGUUCCGGUCGCGCUAUCGGUCCCGCUCUCGGUCCCGGUCCGGCCGCCAGGCGGCGCCGCUAGACCGCGGAUCGGCCCGCAGCUCCAGAGCAGAAAGCCCCUCGGUGUGACGAGCUGCUUCCUGACCAGACCUGCCGGGAGCCACACCUCGGACCCGAGAUCCGAGACCCGAGAUUCGAGACAAGGACCCGCGACCGAACGGCAGGAUCUAUACUCCAGACCCGGACCAUUCGGACCCUCUCGGAGUGCGAGCAGAGCCUGGGAGAAGGAGCGGAACGCGUUUCUGCUCUGUGGAGAACGAGGAAGAGGAGACGUCACCGGGUUCAACUGUUCCUGGUCCGUAGGCGACUCGCUCAGGUCUCCACGGUGAACCCACCGACUGCUGAGCCGUUCGGUGGCCCUGGGGUCAGAGAUGAGCCCUGAGGAAUCCCUGUUUCCCUGUUGCCGUGGUAACCACAUCCCAUGACCUGACUCCAGCAGCUGAAUGCCCCACAGCGUCGCCACGGAAACCAACCCCAGCGUGGCGCUCCGGGUGUCGCGGAGUCUCGGGAUGAGCGAGUUUUGGCACAAGAUGGGAUGCUGCGUGGUCGCCACGCAACCACAGAAGAGGAGGAGGAGGCCGAAGAUAGACCUCAGUAUGAUCGGGGAGCCCACCAACUUCAUGCACCUCACCCACAUCGGCUCUGGAGAGAUGGCCGACGGACCGUCAGGGUCGAUGCAAGAACAGAUGCGGUCGAAAGGACCCCCCACGAACGGCAGAAACAGUCUCUUAUAGUAGAUAUAGAUAUAGAUAUAGACACUAUAUCUAUAUCUAUAUCUACACGUCUCUUAUUGCUGUUCUGCAUUGACACAUCUGGUCCUGCUGGAUGCAAUCCUGUUCCAAACAUCUGGUCCCUCCUGGUCCCUCCUGGUCCCUCCUGGUCCCUCCCGGUCUCUCCUGGUCCUUCCCGUUCUCUCCUGGUCCCUCCCGGUCCCUCCUGGUCUCUCCUGGUCCCUCCUGGUCCCUCCUGGUCCCUCCUGGUCCCUCCCGGUCUCUCCUGGUCCCUCCCGGUCUCUCCUGGUCUCUCCUGGUCCCUCCUGGUCUCUCCUGGUCUCUCCUGGUCUCUCCUGGUCCCUCCUGGUCCCUCCCGGUCUCUCCUGGUCCCUCCCGGUUUCUCCUGGUCCCUCCCGGUCUCUCCUGGUCCCUACCGGUCUCUCCUGGUCCCUCCUGGUCCCUCCUGGUUCCUCCUGGUCCCUCCCGGUCCCUCCUGGUCCCUACCGGUCUCUCCCGGUCCCUCCUGGUCCCUCCUGGUUUCUCCUGGACCCUCCUGGUCUCUCCCGGUCUCUCAUGGACCCAGUACCCUGGCCCUCCAUCCCGGACCCUCUUCUUCUUCACCUUCCUCUCACUGCGUGUCCCGUCCCCCCCUCUGGACAGACCCCCACAGUGCCUGGAGGACAGAAGGACUACUGGAGGACAGACGGACUACUGGACUAGUAAUGAAAGACUCUUUGGGAGGAGGGGAGGGGUGGAUAAAGGCUGUCUUCAUGAGCUCAUUUCACUGCUGUUGUGUUAGCUGUUGUGUUAGCUGUUGUGUUAGCUGGUGUGUUAGCUGAUGUGUUAGCUGAUGUGUUAGCUGGUGUGUUAGCUGAUGUGUUAGCUGGUGUGUUAGCUGUUGUGUUAGCCGUUGUGUUAGCUGUCGUGUUAGCUGUCGUGUUAGCUGUGGUGUUAGCUGUGGUGUUAGCUGUUGUGUUAGCUGUGGUGUUAGCUGAUGUGUUAGCUGAUGUGUUAGCUGUGGUGUUAGCUGAUGUGUUAGCUGAUGUGUUAGCUGAUGUGUUAGCUGUCGUGUCGUGGUGGUUUCUAAACAACGGGGACCUGCUCCCUUAACCCAGUGACUCCUCUGUCUGGGAGGAGGAGUCACUGGUUAGUCAUUAACCUAACGAGUGGAGUAAGGUUCAGUAUGGUGCAGUUAGGUGGAGUAAGGUUCAGUUAGGUGGAGCAAGAUGCAGUUAGGUCGAGCAAGGUGCAGUAAGGUGGAGUAAGGUGCAGUCAGGUGCAGUAAGGUGAAGUGAGGAGCAGUCAGGUGGAGUUAGGUGGAGUAAGGUGGAGUGAGGUGCAGUCAGGUGGAGUAAGGUGGAGUAAGGUGCAGUCAGGUGGAGUAAGGUGGAGUGAGGAGCAGUCAGGUGCAGUUAGGUGGAGUAAGGUGGAGUGAGCAGCAGUCAGGUGGAGUAAGGUGCAGUUAGGUGGAGUAAGGUGCAGUCAGGUCGUUGGAGUGAAGUUAGGUGGAGAAAGGGUAAAGAAACACCUACUGGUCCUCUCCCCCUAAUUUCUCCCUCCCUCCUCUCUCCCCCAGAGAGAGAGACAGACAGGGAGCUGGAGAGCGAGAGGUUGGGAGAAAGAGGGGGAGACAGAGACAGAGACAGACAGACAGACAGCGGUGGGCAGGGUGAGACAGAGAGAGACAGGGACUCUGUCUCUCUGUGGAGGAGGAGCAGGAUGGUUUUGUCGGGGUCUGAAACGACCCCCAGCUCUUCUUGGGACUGGUCAGACUAGCAGCCAUCUUUUGUUUUACUGUUUGUUCAAUUUGGUUCUUAAUAAUCCUCACAUUCCUUCUGCUGGUUCUACUGGGAGCUGCCCAGUAGAACACAUUCAACCACAGUGCUACGGGGGGACAGAAUCCUGAAAUAAAAAGUAUUUUCCCAAAAGGAUUAUUAAAUGUGUUCUGAUUACAAA